AUGAAUUGCAAGGCGGUAACCAUCAGUUUGCUGCUGUUGUUAUUUUUGACGAGAGUAUAUAUUCAACCAACAUUCUCACUAAUUUCAGAUUGCGAUGAAACUUUCAAUUAUUGGGAACCAUUGAAUUUAUUAGUACGUGGAUUUGGCAAACAAACUUGGGAAUAUUCUCCCGAAUAUUCUAUUAGAUCAUGGGCUUUCCUAUUGCCUUUUUACUGUAUUCUUUAUCCGGUAAACAAAUUUACUGAGCUGGAAAGCCAUUGGAACUUUUUCAUCACCAGAGCAUGCUUAGGAUUUUUUAGCUUUAUCAUGGAAUUUAAACUACAUCGUGAAAUCGCGGGCACAUUAGCGUUGCAAAUUGCGAAUAUUUGGAUUAUUUUCCAAUUGUUCAAUCCAGGCUGGUUCCAUGCAUCUGUUGAAUUAUUGCCUUCUGCCGUUGCAAUGUUGUUGUAUGUAGGUGCCACCACACACUCGCUACGCUAUUUGUCUACUGGGUCUACUUCAAAUUUUACCAAAAGUUUAGCAUACAAUUUCCUAGCUAGUAUACUGGGCUGGCCAUUUGUUUUAGUUUUAAGCUUGCCAUUAUGCUUACAUUACCUUUUCAACCAUAGAAUAAUUUCUACCAUUAGAACCGCAUUCGAUUGCUGUUUAAUAUUUUCAUUGACUGCAUUUGCUGUGGUUGUUACUGAUAGUAUAUUUUACGGAAAGCUCGCUCCCGUAUCAUGGAACAUCUUAUUUUACAAUGUGAUCAACGCAAAUGAGGAAACUGGCCCAAACAUUUUCGGGGUUGAACCAUGGUACUAUUAUCCCUUGAACUUAUUGCUGAAUUUCCCACUACCUGUGUUAGUUUUGGCUACUUUAGGAAUUUUCCAUUUGAGAUUAUGGCCAUUAUGGGCUUCCUUAUUCACAUGGAUUGCAAUUUUCAUUCAACAGCCUCACAAAGAGGAAAGAUUUCUCUAUCCAAUUUACGGGUUGAUCACCCUGAGUGCAAGUAUAGCUUUUUACAAGGUUUUAAAUCUAUUCAAUAGAAAGCGCAUUCUGAAAAAAGGAAUAAAGUUGUCAGUUUUAUUGAUCGUUGCAGGUCAGGCGAUAUCACGUAUAGUUGCCUUGGUGAACAAUUACACAGCUCCAAUAGCCGUCUAUGAACAAUUUUCUUCACUAAACCAAGGUAGUAUGAAGACACCGGUAGUGAAUGUAUGUACAGGUCGUGAAUGGUAUCACUUUCCAAAUUCUUUCCUGCUGCCAGAUAAUCACAGACUAAAAUUUGUCAAAUCAGGAUUUGAUGGUCUUCUUCCAGGUGAUUUUCCAGAGAGUGGUUCUAUCUUCAAAAAGGUUAGAACCAUACCUAAGGGAAUGAAUAACAAGAAUAUGUAUGAUACUGGUAAGGAGUGGCCAAUUGCCAAGUGCGAUUAUUUCAUUGAUAUCGUAGCCCCCAUAAAUUUAACAAAAGACGUUUUUAACCCUUUACAUCUUAUGGAUAACUGGAAUAAACUGGCAUGUGCUACAUUCAUCGACAGUGAAAAUUCUAAGAUUUUGGGUAGAGCGUUUUAUGUACCGGAAUCAAUCAACCAAAUCAUGCAAAAGGUUUUACCAAAACAAUGGAAUCAAUUGUACGGAGUUCGUUAUAUCGACUACUGUUUGUUUGAAAAGCCAACUGAGACUACCAAUUGA